GCAAGUUGGCCUAACAUGAAAGCGUUCCAUUAUGAAAAUGUCAUUUAUAAUCACAGAUUCAUUUGCAAGCCUUGCCUUUUAUCUGUGUAUGCUGUGUCAGCAUAUCUGCUCAGAUGGGCUCAUUCAUGCAGGGAGGAUGGUGAACUGGAAGAAGGAGAGCUUGAGGAUGAUGGGGGAGAGGAUGGAGCCCGUGAUCUGUCAGAGGCCCAGGCUCCACAAGAGAAGAGUGAGAAGCAUUACAGUGACUCUGAUGAAGAGAAGGCACAUCGCAAGAUGAAGAGGAAGCGACGAAAGGAAAAAGAGAAAAGGCGAUCUAAGAAGAAAAGGAAAUCCAAGCACAAGCGUCAUGCAUCCUCCAGUGAAGACUUUUCUGACUAUAGCAAUGACUCAGACUUCAGCCCAAGUGAAAAGGGACACAGGAAGUACCGUGAAUAUAGCCCCUCUUACCCUCCGGCUCACCAGCAAUACCCUCCGCCCCCACAGCACAAUGCCCCACCUCCUAAGAAAUACCCCAAAAUGGAUAGCAAAGGCUACGGCAUGUACGAUGAUUAUGAAAAUGACCAUUAUGGCGAGUAUGAGGGGGAUGAAGGGGAAGACAUGGGCAAGGAAGACUAUGAUGACUUUGCCAAGGAACUGAACCAGUACAGAAGGGCCAAAGAAGGAAGUCAUCGUGGCAGAGGCAUUAGAGGUAGAGGAAGAAUUAUGAGAGGUCGAGGAGUACGUGGAAUGAUGCGAGGAAGAGGUUUCAGGGGUAGAGGUGGCAGAGGAAGAGGAUUUCCAGGAGAGGAUCAUCCUGAUGAAGAGGAGAUGUAUGAUGAAGAAAUGGAGUACUGUGAAGAAGAAGCAAUGGAAGAUGAAGAGUAUGACGAUUAUUCCAAGGAACUUAACCAGUAUCGGAAGGCAAAAGAGGGCAGAGGUCGAGGAUUUUAUAGAGGCCGCGGUCGGGGCCCACGUGGAAGGGGAUACAAAAUCAUGGGAAGAGGAAGAGGACGAGGCAGAGGAGGGAAGGGAAAUGAUGAGGAUGAAUACUAUGAGGAAGAGGGUGAUGGAGGAAUGUAUAGAAAUGAUUAUGAGAAGCCACACCAUCGGGCUGAUAAAAAAGGGAAAGUUGUCUGCAAGUAUUUUGUAGAAGGCCGCUGCACCUGGGGAGAGCACUGUAAUUUCAGCCAUGAUGUGGAAGUUCCCCGUCGCCGUGGACUAUGCAAAUUUUAUGUCAGUGGCUACUGUGCUAGAGCAGAAAACUGUCCAUUCAUGCACAAUGAUUUCCCUUGUAAGCUGUACCAUACCACAGGCAAUUGUAUUAAUGGUGAAGAUUGCAUGUUCUCCCAUGAGCCCCUGACAGAUGAAACACAAGAACUUCUAAAUAAGAUAUUGGCUGAAGAUGCAGAAGCUGGAGCAGAAGAUGAAAAGGAUGUUGAAGAGCUAAAAAAGCAAGGUAUCAACCCUUUACCAAAGCCACCACCAGGAGUAGGCCUUCUGCCUACACCAUCCCACUCUCAUGGAGCUCAAAGUUCAACAGGGCCAGCUGCUCCAUCCUCUCCUACUGGUGGUAAAUCAGCCCCUAGUGUGCCAGUAUCUGGAGUUCCUAUCGCUGGUGGACCAAUACCUUGCGUUCCUGUCUCUGAUGCUCCUAUAUCUGGGGGUCCUGUACCAAGUGCAUCAAUACCUGAAGCAUCUUUGGUGGGAGCACCACCACCUAGUGGACCAUUGCCUGGAGGCCCCAUUUCAGGUGGUGCAGUGCAAGACGAUCAAAUUUCAGAUAUGCAGAUGCCUGUAGGUCCUGUAUCAGGUGGCCUAGUUUCUGGAGGACCUGUUGGAUCAUUUGUUGGGGGCCCAAUGGCAGGAGGUCCUGUUUCAUCAGGUUGCAUACCAGAAGGAUCUAUGCCUGCUGGACAAAUUACAGGAGGACCUUUAUCAGAGGGACCAGUACCCCCGAUGCAUUGUGGUCUUGGAGAUCCUAUGGAAACAGGUGUCCCAAUGCCACCCAUGCAGCCAAACCCAGAAGGCCUGAUGCUACCAAUGGAGGUAGGGCUUGGAGGCCCAAUGCCAGGAAGCCCAGGAUCUAUAGGUCUUGCAUCAGGUGACCUAAUGCCAGGUAGCCCUUUGUCCGGAGGACCUCCGCCAGGAUCAAUGCCACCUGGUCCGCAGCAGCCAAUGGAUCCACAGAUGUGCCAGAGGAAAAUACCAUCUCUCUUUGAAAUUGUAGUGCGGCCCACUGCUCAUUUGGCUCAUAAGCUGGGAGUGAGGCCACCUGGACCUCCUGGAGGUCCUCCAGGUCCACCACCACCUAGAUUUCCUGGACCUCCAGGCCCAAUGCAUCAUGACAUAGAGCUGGGCAUGGAUGAAAAUAUGCCCAUAAUGCCAUAUGGGCCAGAAGAUGGUCCUGAAAUGAUGAAUGAUGGGCCACCUGGACAGGUUUUCUAUGACGACUACUACCAGCACCCAAGCAUGGGAAUGGAACAAGAGAUCGUAAGAGAUACAGGUAACUAUGAUGGCUAUGGUGGGAUGCAGGAGGAUCCAGGAGCCCAUACAUACCAGGAACCUCCUCCAGACCAUGAUCCAGGAGUUGAAGUUGGAACAUCUGCUUUCAACAAAGGGAAUAUCCCAGAUUUUCUGCCAUCUGCCCAGCGAGCUCUGUAUCUGCGCAUUCAACAAAAGCAGCAGGAAGAUGAAGAACGAGCCAGACGACUUGCAGGUUCCAGUCAGCAGGAAAGAGAAAAUGAAGAAGGUGACACAGGUAACUGGUACUCCAGUGAUGAAGAGGAAGGUGGUAGCAGCGUGACUUCCAUCCUGAAGACUCUGCGACAGCAGUCUUCUAGCAAACCCUCGGCACAAGCUUCACCUAGAGAUAGCAGCACAGGUGGACAGCUUGACCCACGAUUACAAAAGAGCCAGGCUACUACUAGCAUCCGUCCUUCUGACCCUCGUCUCUCCCGUGACCCACGACUUUCCCGAAACACAGAGUCUAACCCUACAGAGACAGGACCCAGUGAUCCUAGGUUGGCUCGACAUGCUUCUCAACCCAAGCAAGACUUACAAGUUAAUAAAGCAGCUGCAGAAGAGGAAGAAGCUGAAAGAGUCUUGCGGGAUAAACCAGUCACCAUACCACUGGAAAUUCUGCCAGGGCAAUUGCUGCGGGACCCACGAUCUCAGCUUCAGCAGUUCAGCCACAUAAAGAAAGACGUCAGUCUGAACAAGCCAAGCUUUGCCAAGACCAUCUUGUGGAGUCCCGAAGAUCUAAUUCCACUGCCUGUCCCAAAGCAAGAGUUUGUUCCUUUGCCUGCGGCCCUGCAAUCCAUGCCAAACCUAGACCCACGUCUUAACCGACAAACUGCCUCAGCACCUCAUGAUCCACGUCAACGUGUGCCUCCAUCUGAACAACAAACUGCUAAUCCAAACCUGCCAGACUUUGAGCUUCUGUCAAGAAUUUUAAAGACUGUCAAUGCUGCCUCAGUUACGGCUUCUUCUCCACCAGCCGCCCCUGAAAAACCCAGUGAUCCACGAACACGUAAGGCUCCCGCUGAUCCUCGACUGCAGAAAACUGCGGAACCUUCUCUGCCUUCAAGACCUGUAGAGCACAGCCCUCCUCUCUCUGGGUCUCCACUUGCUGAGAACACACUGACUACUGCCCCUUAUGAUCCCCGACUUCUGACAGCAGGGGGAGUAAGCAAAACAAGUAGCCAGAGCAGUGUUCUCAGUGGAAUUAGUCUUUAUGAUCCCAGGACUGGGAACAAAACAUCUGAAGCCUCAUCCAAUGAGGCAUCCUCCAAAGGACAGGACAACAAAACUUCAAACAAGACAAAAGAGCCACUGUUUGUUCGUAAGUCUGCGCUUGAUCAGCCAGAUACUGAAAAACAAACUUCUGAGACUGCUACGGAUAGGUACAACAGUUACAAUCGACCACGUACAAAAGCAUCCACUGCUUCUAAUUUACCUGUACCUGAAAGCAGUCAACCUGCAGUCCACAAUCUCCCUGUGUCAUCUGUUUAUGGUUUAGUUAAGCAACCUACUAAACCUGGUAGUGGCAGCCCCUUUGCUGGAAACAGCCCAACACAAGACAGUGAACAGGACGCUGGUUCCCUAAAAGAUGUUUUUAAAGGCUUUGACCCUACAGCAUCCCCAUUUUGCCAGUAGCGCUCAGUCUGACAAUUUACAUUGCAUAUCGUAUUUAAAGGAUUAUCAUACAGUGUUGUUAACGUCUAUUUUUUUUAUAAUAUUCAUUGUGCUGUUGUGCUUUUGUACAUAAAUCCACAACUACUUGUGAGAUGUAAAGCCUCAAAGAUCUGUUUUUAACAAAUAAUCAAUGUGUCUUGUCUAAUGAAUGACUCCUGUUUUUGUACAAUAUUUUAAUGUUUCAUUUAUAAAAUGUAUGUAUAUUUCUAAAUUAUAUAUGCAUAUACACCCUUGUAUAACAUGCACAGAGGUGUGUGUGUAUAUAUAUAAUAGUGUUUGUAUGUGUGUAUAGAUAUACAUACAUGUGCACACACAAACAUAAAUAUAUGCUGAUGGAUAUAUAUGGAUAUUUGUGUGUGUUUUGGAACUAUAGAUAAGGUGCGAACAAAGAUCUCAAACGAACAACUUAUUUUUUUGUAUAUUUUUAUCUAUAUUCAGUCUGGUGGGUGCAUGUCUUUCACUAUAAAGUUUAAAGAGGCAACUUAUCGCUAAUUUAUUGUACAGAACAUUUAGCCUUUCUAGUACUCAGACCAUCUCUACUACGCAUUGGUUCCAGAAGUGACAUAACACCAUGUAAAAAAAAGUUGGUUAUUGUACCGCUUCCUUAAAGUGAUCCUUCACCCAUAAUGAAAGAAAAUGAAAUACCAAGAAACUUUCCAAUAUAUAUCAGUUAAAAAUGUUAUCAUUUUUAAAAUUGUUAUUGUAAUUGAAGUUAAAAGCAGUAUUCUUUUCAGUGUUUAAUGCAUAUUUGGAAGACUUUCAGAAUUACAUUUUCUUUCAUUAUGCAAAUUAUCUGUCUGACAAGGUAACUAAUGGAUAUGGAAUAUUUAAUUUUCAAACCAAAUUUCGUAACACUUAAACAGGAGUAUUCAUGUUCUGCACUGCAGAUAUUGCCACUCUAGUGUUUGGCCAAGGUUAAGGGAAAACAGCAGAGGCUUUAUUUAUUGUGUAAUACCUAAAGAAUUAGAUAUACUUUAUGCAGAAUGUUUGUGUGUCCCACACACAUUUGUUUACAUUUAUACAAAUGUUUGUUCACUACAAAUCUGUAAGUUGUCCAGAUCAAUGUAUGUGACUGUCCAAGAGAUUUUGUAUGCUGUGUCGCGGGUUCAGUGUCAUUCACAACCCAUUUUUAUUGAACUUGCAUUUUUAUUCAUAAUCUAUAGUAUUACAAUUUUGAAACUUCAAAAAAGAAUUGUAUAACAAGAAUUAUCCACUCACAAAUACUUUUUCUACUAACAGUUGUGAAUAAUUCAGUUACUAUAAUACAGCAAAAAGAGCCUGGUGUAAAUACAAAGGAAAGGAAGCAGAGAAUAAAUGGACCUUUUUUCAUAGAA